UCGCAGUGCUCCCCAGGCCUCAGUCACGGUCGGUGCGCGCCGCGAUUCGGCUCUUUCGCGCUCCGCUCGAUCCCCGUAUCAUCGCUCUUUGCGUUUUGAAAUCGCUCACGAGUGGCAGUGAUAACUUCGAUUAGGACUCGCCGAUAGCGGCCGUUCCAGUGCACCUGGACGAUAAACCGUCGCUCGCGUCGGCCCGAUCUGUGCCGAAUUGAAUUUUUCACGUCGACGAAACUCCGAGAUAAUUUCCCCGAGAGUGAAUUUACACUGGAUUCUGUUCGUAUAUUUAACAAUAUCCUUGUGUGAGUUGAUAGUGCCGAGUCAGUGCUAGAAAAUGCGUCCGAAGGAGGAUACGGACACGAAGCUCCAAACGGGAACUUUCAUAUUGUCCGAGAAAAUCGAUGACACCAAAAUGAAGAAGAACGACAAGGACUUGAAGAAAGAGAUGAAGCGGCUGGAGAAGGAGAAGCAGGAGAGGGAGAAGCGCGAGAAGAAGGCGCGGGACAAGGACAAGGAGCGCGAGAAGCACGCCAAGAAAGGGAAGGUGGUGUGCGGCGCGUGCGGCGGCAAGUGCAGCGGCGAGGUGCUGCGCGUGACGGACAAGUACUUCCACACCGGCUGCUUCACGUGCCGCGCCUGCGCCGCGUCCCUCGCGCGCGGCGGCUUCUUCUGCAAGGACGGACACUACUACUGCCCACAGGACUACCAGCGCGCGUUCGGCACGCGCUGCGCGGCGUGCAACCAGUACGUGGAGGGCGAGGUGGUGUCCGCGCUCGGCAACACCUACCACCAGAAGUGCUUCACGUGCGCACGAUGCAAACGCGCGUUCCCAUCAGGCGAAAAAGUGACAUACACGGGCGCAGAAGUGGUAUGCUCUGCGUGCGUACCGGCGCCGCAGCGGCAGACGGCGCGCACCGGCGCCGCGCCCGCGCCCGCCUCGCCGUCGCCGGCGCCGUCGCCCGCGCCCGCGCAGACCAACCACGUCAACCACGCCAACCACGUCAACCACGCCUCGCGCGACUCCACCGACCGAGCUGACAACAGGAACCACAACGAGAACGAAUGUGCGGGAUGCGGUCAGGAACUAUCAGAAGGACAAGCGUUAGUUGCUUUAGACAGACAAUGGCACACGUGGUGCUUCUCGUGCGGCGAGUGCGGCGCCGUGCUGGCGGGCGAGUACAUGGGCCGCGGCGGCGUGCCCUACUGCGAGCGCGACUACCAGCGCCUGUACGGCGUGCGCUGCGCCUACUGCCAGCGCUACAUCUCCGGCAAGGUGCUGCAGGCCGGCGAGAACCACCACUUCCACCCGACUUGCGCACGCUGCAGCAAGUGCGGCGACCCGUUCGGCGACGGCGAGGAGAUGUUCCUGCAGGGCGCCGCCAUCUGGCACCCGCGCUGCGGGCCCGCGCCGCUCGAGCCUGCAGACGACCCCGACGCGCUGCCCGACCCGUCCUGCUCUGAGCUGCAGUGGUCGCUGCGGUCCCGCACGCCGAGCGUCAACGGCUCGUACUGCAGCCCCUACAGUAGCUUGACCAGGAAGUACGGCUACCGCGCGGUGUCGCCAGGGCUGGCGCUGCGCGAGUACCGCUCGGAGGGCGGCUCGCCGCACCGCAUCACCACGUACUCGUACCUCACGUGCGAGCCCGCCUACCUGCGGCGCCCCGUGCAGCCCUACGACCGCCCGCCCACCAGCCCGCACUUCCACCGCCCGCCCUCGGCGGCGUCGACGCGGGCGUCGUCGCGCGCGGGCAGCAAGGCGUCGUCGCGGCCCGGCAUGCGCGCGCUCGUGGACUCCAUGCGCUCCGAGACGCCGCGCCCCAAGUCGCCGCACAUGAACAACGAGGAGCCCAUCGAGUUGUCGCACUACCCGUCGGCGUACAAGCCGCCGCCCGGCACCAAGCCCAAGAUCGAGAGAGAUGACUUCCCCGCGCCGCCCUACCCUUACACAGACCCAGAGAGGCGCCGGCGCUGGUCGGACACGUACAAAGGAGUUGAGUCAGACUCGGAGGACGCGCCGGCCGUCAACGGCGACCACCAGCUGCAGCGCGAGCACCAGGAGCUCGCCAAGAUCGAGACCGGCAUCGCGCAGGUAUUUUUAAAAGAAGUAAAAGAAAGGGAAAAACUUCAACAGUGGAAAAAACAGAACCUGGAUCCAAGAAAUGCUAGCAGGACGCCGUCAGCAGCACGCGAGGCGGGCACGCGGCUGCGCUACUCGUCGCCGGUGGGCGCGUCGCCGUCGCGCUCGCUCGACCACCCGCGACACGACGCGCAGCACUACCCCGCGCACCACCAUCCCACCUACAACGCGUCGCACGCGGCGCCGCGGCCCGGCUACUCGCUGCGCUCCAGCACGCUGCCGGCCGGCGUGGGCCACUCGCACCACAACGUGAGUUAUGCGCGCACCGCCGGCACCCUGCCGUACUCGGCGCGACAGGGAGACUUCACGUUCAGCGGCAUGGGCGACAAGACGCAUAGCACCGACUUUAGCAGCGGCAAGUCUGACAUAUCUGCCGGCUCCAUUACUGACGUAGACAGGAGUGCUGUGUCGCCCGUGCUCCGCCCGCAGACGACGGACGGGCCGGCGGCGCGCGGCGGCAGCGCGCUGGGCGUGGCCCGCGGCGGCGGCGUGCGGCGCUCGCUGCCCAACAUGGCCACCAGCCACCUGCUGCACGAGCCCGCCAAGCUCUACCCCUACCACCUGCUGCUCAUCACCAACUACCGCCUGCCGCCCGACGUCGACCGCCUCAACCUCGAGAGGCAUCUAUCGGACGCGGAAUUCGAGGCGAUCCUCCAGAUCGGGCGCCAGGACUUCUACCGCCUGCCGCAGUGGCGCCGCAACGAGCUUAAGCGCCGCGCGCGCCUGUUCUAGGCGCACCACUCGGGCCAGCCGGAAGGACAACACGCCGCUCUUUAUCUUAUGUUACUGCGCGCUAAAGCCGCUCCGGCUGUCUUUGUCAUCGUGAAAAAUUUAAUUUAACAGUUCGCUGAUUUAGGCCACAAAUUUUGUGCAAUAAUCAUUAAUUUUCCUAAAUUGAAACACGAUUUCAAAUUUUUCACAUGCUGGAGAACCCGGGCAUAAACAUUUUUUAAAUAUUAUCCGCCUGAAUGGUACAGUGCUUCCGGCGCCGAUGGCAGUUCUCGGUUGGUCCUUCGAGCCGGAUCUCCGUCUUACGACGAGUCGAUUGCAGAAAUCGUUUGACUAGGUGAACGAAUAGAUAAAUUUUCUUGGCUUGUGUCGCAAUGUUUGAAUUGAGAAAAUGGCGAUUUACCAUAAAAUAAGUUAAAAACCGGUUUUAGUUAUUGACGUGUUAUUCUUAUGGUUCAGAUGCGAUUGCCCCGGCAAUGCCACGGUACUGACGUUGAUAAAUACGAGACGAUUUGUUCGACGCUCCGGUGCCCGGGCCGGGCUCGCCGCGUACGUAGCGUAUGCGCUGAGGUUCGCAUAAUUUUACAAUUUUACCGUUAUUUUAUUUAAUUAAUAUGUAACUUUAGAGAGCAGCUAAACGCUGCUACCUUUUAUAAAUACGACUUCUUUUUAUUUUAUUUAAAUAAUAUAGUGAUGAUAUUAUAAUAACUAUUACACAUAAUAAUAUAUUUAAAUUAAAUUAGGGUAUAUGCGGUGUGAUUUGACGGUAAUGCGUGAAGUUCAUAGAACUUGCUCUGUCAUAUUUAGUUGGUGGCGGUGUCGUCCGCCGCCUUGUUGCUUGCAGGUUUAGCUUGUGUUCCCAAACUGGCUUCUUUUCUUCCCACAGUAGCUUCUUUUCUUCCCAAAAUUUUUCUGAAUGAGGCACCUACUUACUGGCCACACCGUCGUGUGGUAUAAAUGAUACCUAUGAUGUAAAUUAAAGAGGAAACAAGGCGGCAGAUUACACCGCUUUAGUAGAAGGCGCGGUCCACACUUACGUUUCGCGGUACGGACAUGUCGUUACCGGUCGUGACGUGCACACUUGUCAAACUACAACACUUGCAUAUUUUAUGGUGCGCAAGUGUCAGGGUGUCUAGGAUACGACUAACCUUAGAUUGUUCACUUACCCAUUGUUACUUUACCUGCCUUGUCCUUGCCGCGUCCCGUGUGGCCGCGGGUGGAAGCCUUCGUUCGCGUGACGCCGUCACAAGUUAGUGAGAACCAAAUAUAUUACGAUAUGUAAGAGAUGUUAUUUUGCGUUAGAGUAAGUGGCGAGCGCGCGCGCAAGCGGGGCGAAGGCGCCCGAGUGAUCGGAAGCGGUCCAGCAAAGAUAUUUAUUUCGUCUCAAAGAAAAAAAUUGGAGUUAAAGGCUACUCAGUGAGCAGUAAAGAGAAAUGCCCUGAUGUUUCUGGUUAUCAAUCUGUUUUAUAGUUUCGCAAGAUUUUCGUUGUUUUGUAUAAGGCUGAUUUGAUGAAUGGCGGUGCUCUUGGACUGACCUUCGCCUGUGACCCCGCUUGCGCGCGCGCAGGAACAUUGCCCCGCGAGUGCUGACCGCCCGACCAGACCCUGCACUUGCACUUCUAGUAGUUUAUACGUUCGAAAGGUGCUAGGUAUCGGUAAGGAAUGCAAGCGAGACGAAUCGACCGCGACCGUAGACACGAUUGCUUUACUUACGUUUCUUACAACACUUUAGGCUACGUCAGUGUACACGUGAAUGUUCCUAAACUAUGCUAGUGUGUGUGUUGCGUGUGAGUGUUGACGCGAGUGCGUCGCCCGUCGUUGUUUUUAAUUUUAUUAUAGGCAGAUAUUAUUUUGGUUGCAAUAUAGAUUGAUAUAAAGCAUUGAAGCGUUUCAUUCGGCGUUCGGACGGCUUAUAAGCGAUAUAUGUAUAGUCGUAAGGUUAUUUGUAAGGUUAGAUAGCUUACAAACAAUUGAGAUGCCUAACUCGUUACCAUUAGUGAAGUCGCGAAGUACACUUUAAUCCCGACAUCUCGGUCGUCUUUUUUACUCACUGCGCUUUUGCUUUUGGAGAAAAGAGACGACCGACUUCUCUGUCCUCGUCGUAAACAUUGUCAUCAACUGGAUCGACAUAUCUUUAUCUACCAUUUGUACGAAAUGUUAAUCUGACAGCGAAGUAACUUUAUACAGAUAUUAUGUUCAAUUAUAUUUAAGUGUUUAAAUGUGUAUCAAAAUAUUUAACAUGAAAUUAGCAUCAGAAGAUUAAGAGUUUUCGUUAUAGUGUAACUUUUCUAACAGCUUAGAAAGUUUUGUAUACAUUGUACAUUUCAGAACUUUUCGCUUGUUCGUUAGAGAUGCGUUUAUUGAGGUUACAGCCGUAGUCGCUUAAUAAUAAAUCUUUAUACUUGGAUACAUCAAAAUAUUUGCUGUUAUGGUUCAUCAUUAGUAUCACAUUACAUAAUUAUGUUAAAUGUGUGUGAGUUUGGGUUGAUCGUAGGAAGACUUGCUUUUCAAUGACGUGACAGACGGAUGGGCACUUGGGGACACUGAUAACGAGUCAAUCAAAAAAUAUUUAUAUCAAUUCCAAAUCGUAUCGUAUUGUAUGUUAUUUUAAACAAAUAAAUCAAAAUUACAAACAAACGCAAUAAAGUUUAAAAUCUUAUAUUAAACGCAAUAAAAGUUCUCAAAGAACAAAAUCCUCUUUUUAGGAAAUAAGUGGCUUGAAGAAUUAGUCCAACUGUUUUACUAUAA